UCCAUGACCCGCAGCGGACGCUUUACAACUCGCAACCUGGCUAAUUUCCUGCGUCCUGUGGCAUCAGGAAAGAGGACAAUUCGUCUCUCGGGCUGCCCAAGCGACAGCUGUCAGGAUUCUGGGAACCGCCAUCUGAAGGCUACGUGUGCCGCCUGGUCAUUCAAAUGGUCAAUUUUAGGUCCAGGACUGUCCAAACCACAAGUUCUCAAAACUCUCUGAAAAAUGGUUCCCUCCGAGUUAAGAGUGCCUGGACACCGCAAAAAAACAUCCCUUGAGUGCCCGGAGUCGGAGACCUCUCCUGGUUCAGAUUUAAACAUCUUUGGAGGUCUGCGCGGGGCGGCUAUUGGCGGCGGAGCGUCACGUGACCGCGGGGGCGUGCCAAUGUGCUCCCUUAAGGGUGUCAAGCCCCCGUCAGAGUGUGAGAUCAAGAUCGUGAAAUAACGCGAUGCAAAAAGCGACCUACUACGACAGCUCGGCGAUCUACGGUGGCUACCCCUACCAGGCAGCCAACGGCUUCGCUUAUAAUGCUAGUCAGCAGCCGUAUGCGGCGUCCGCCGCUCUGGGCGGCGAAGGCGGCGAGUACCACCGACCCGCCUGCUCACUCCAGUCGCCCGCCAGCGCGGGGGGCCACCCCAAGGCCCACGAGCUGAGCGAAGCCUGUCUGCGCACCCUGAGUGGCCCGCCUAGCCAGCCCCCAGGCCUGGGUGACUCGCCUCUGCCCCCACCCCCCCCCCAGGCCGCGCCCCCAGCCCCACAGCCGCCCCAGCCCCCACAACAGCCCCCUGCGCCCACCCCUGCAGCUCCCUCGGCCCCCUCUUCUGUCUCCCCCUCUCAGAGUGCCAACAGCAACCCCACCCCCGCCAGCACUGCCAAGAGUCCCCUUCUCAACUCUCCCACCGUGGCCAAACAAAUCUUUCCCUGGAUGAAAGAGUCGAGGCAGAACACAAAACAGAAAACCAGCGGCUCCAGCUCAGGGGAGAGCUGCGCUGGUGACAAGAGCCCGCCUGGGCAGGCCUCGUCCAAGCGCGCGCGCACCGCCUACACGAGCGCGCAGCUGGUGGAGCUGGAGAAAGAGUUCCACUUCAACCGCUACCUGUGCCGGCCGCGCCGGGUGGAGAUGGCCAACUUGCUGAACCUCACUGAACGCCAGAUCAAGAUCUGGUUCCAGAACCGCCGCAUGAAGUACAAGAAAGACCAGAAGGGCAAAGGCAUGCUGACCUCGUCGGGGGGCCAGUCCCCAAGCCGCAGUCCGGUGCCUCCGGGCCCUGGAGGCUAUCUGAACUCUAUGCAUUCGCUGGUCAACAGUGUCCCUUAUGAGCCCCAGUCACCCCCGCCCUUCUCCAAGCCCCCCCAAGGCGCCUACGGGCUGCCUCCCGCCUCCUACCCUGCUCCCCUGCCCAGCUGCGCACCCCCACCGCCCCCACCGAAGCGCUACGCUGCGGCGGGGUCGGGCGCAGGGGGAACCCCAGACUACGACCCGCAUGCCCACAGCCUGCAGGGCAACGGCAGCUAUGGGACCCCACACUUACAGGGAAGCCCCGUCUUCGUGGGGGGCAGCUAUGUGGAACCCAUGAGCAACUCCGGGCCGGCACUCUUUGGCCUAACUCACCUCCCCCACCCCACCGCGGCUGCCAUGGACUAUGGGGGCACUGGGCCACUAGGCAGCGGUCAUCACCAUGGGCCGGGGCCUGGGGAGCCCCACCCCACCUACACGGACCUUACCGCCCACCAUCCUUCUCAGGGAAGAAUUCAGGAAGCGCCCAAGCUCACCCACCUGUGAUGGUGGGCUCAGGCUGCGUGCCAGGAGAGUUGCCCUCCCCACCUUUUUACUUUGGUUCCUUUUUUUCCUUUUUUUUUUUUUUUUUAAGUUUUUCCGGCCCCUCCCUUUUCUCCUCUGCACCCCUCCCUCGUUUUUUUUCUUUGGUAAUGCGUUCUUAUAGUUUAUGUGACGUAGCAAUCUUUGUUGCUAUAAAGGCUGUCAGUAUCAGUAGCGAUGUUUAUCUCUGCCUAUCCCCCCACUAGGCCUCUGGCCCUGCACCCUCUACCCUCUCCACUCUUUGAUCAGAAACAGGGUAUAUGAACAAAUUUUCUAGUAGAGUUUUCAAUGUGAAUUUGUUCGUACGUUAUGGCUUCCAAGAGGAAGCUGUUCCGUGGUUUUUUUAUUUUUAAGUUUUAGUUUUUUAAAUUGCACUUCUGUAAUGAGCGAGAAAAAAGAAAUCAAAGGCGCUUUGAAACAGGGACUCCCUGUGCAAAGAUGACUAGAGUACGUCUUUCCGUGUGUGUAUGCUGGUGAACAGUCAGAUUUAUUUAUAUUUUUUGCAAGCAUUGAAUAGUCUAAGUUUUAAAUAUUAUUUAUCCCCAUCCGUUCGUAUUUAUAUUAAAGAAUUCUGUACCCUGAUUGUUCAGAAGGGUUCUUGAGCCUUUUGUUCAAUGGUAUAUUGGCGUACAUAUAAAAAUUUAUUUGAAAGGGAAAUAUAAUUCCUUUAUAAAAUGGUAAUGAUGCAAUAAGACCGCAGAGGAUCCAGCGUUUGAAAACAGUGGUUUAGGUUUGUAACAUCCGGCAAAACUGAAAAAACAAUCUGUGAACGCUAAAAAUGCUAGAUUUGUUUGGAGAGUUUUACAUUCCUUGCUGCUCACAUUCUGAGAAACAAAAAAAUAAAGUUUUUAUUCUGAUUAA